CAUUUUCAGAUGCUCGUGUGCUGCUUAUCAAUUUAUAGAAUUCUGCGUCGUCUGCGUCAGACAUUCGCUUAACUUAAUCUCAAUUCAAGCACUUAGUCUUGUUCGGUUACUCGGCAUCGUAAUUUGAAUCUGUCUGCCAAAUAAUGAAUAAAUUCUUGACGCUGGUUGGCAUCCUGCUGCUGGCUUGCUGGCAGGCCGGAAGUGUCCUGGCGGAUAGCGACAGCAGCAGUGACAGCGAUAGCAGUGAUGAUAGUGGACACAGUCACGGCCGAAAGCAUAAACAUAAAUACAAUAAUCCAGCGUAUCCCAGCUAUCCGCCAUACGCCUAUCCACCGUAUCCCUACACUCCCUACACAUACAACCAGCAGCAGCCGCCAUAUAAUCCGUAUGCGCAGCCGCCGCCGGCUCCUAUGAAUCCCCAGUACCCGAGUCCAUAUCCAGGCAAUCAGCAACCCUAUAACCAGUUUGCACCACCAGCACCUCAAUAUGGACCACCUGGCCAUCCCCCGGCACCACAAUCGCCCUAUCCUCCCGCACCACAAGCUGUGUAUCCCCCCGCACCACAAGCUGCCUAUCCGCCUGCACCGCAACAGCCACCACCAGCUUCUAGCGUUAUCAACCAUUCGCUCAAAGUUAACAAAGAAUAUCAGGAGGAUUUUAGCAAAAAUGUCGAAAAUAAUCGAAUUUAAAAUGUGAAAUGCUAUAAAUAACAAAAAUAUCAUUUCUAAA